AUGGGUUGCUGCAUUAGCUCCAACAACACAAAUGAUUCACCAAAUCACCACCAUUUUCCAUCAAACCCUGCUCACUCCGACAAAACCCAUCUCGACAACAGAGCUCCUCCUCUUUGUCCUGAAGAAGAAACUGUAAAAGAAGUUGUUCUUUCUGAAACUCGCUUGCCUAAACCAGAAUCGCCCUCUCCAAAUGAGACUGAACCUGAAACUCACACCCUCCACCACAUCCACAUACCCGUAAUUCACGAACCCAACACGGAAGCCAGAGAUUUGAUUUCGACCAACAAAAACGAACAAGAAAUAGAAAUUUCUCAAGCGUCUGAAAUAUGCAGCAUCACCGAGAGCUUCUCAAAUGCAACAACAACAACAACUGUAACAGAGACAAGAGAAGAUGAAGCAAUCAGCAAGUCCUCCACUCGCAGAUCUCCAGCUAAGGUAUCCAAAAAGCGUCCUUACACCGGAGAAAACUCGCGUGGGGUGAAAUCUACGGCGACAAGAGCGGAGGUGUCAAGGUCAGCUCAAGGGAGGACCAUGCCAUGUAAUGUGAGGUCGAGUUCACCGACGACUAGAACGGUGACGGGAGUGGGAAGGAGUUCGGGAAAGGUGGGUGCAAGAGCAGGCGUUCGUACUGACAAGUCAAAAGAAGAGAAGGAAGUUCAGAAAGAGGUAAACGACGACGCUUUGGAGAAUAAUAAUAACAUGGAGUCUGUUGACAAUCCUCAUGUUUCGUUGGAAUGCUUUAUUUUUCUGUGA